AUGCAACCUCCAAAAUUUAACAACAACCUGUUUCAUUGCAAAUUUUGGUUGGGUGAAAACCACGACAAAACCAAAGAAUCCUCAGACUGCCUCCGUCACCUCACACAGCAGGCUGUCGUCUUGCAGAAGAAGAUGAACGAUUUGUACACGGGCAAACCAGGUUCAGGAGCAGGUUUACCCCCCGUCCAGAUCCAGCAGCCCUCCAUGGGUUCCGUACUCGACAUGCUCAACGUCAUCAACGGCAUCCUGUUCGUGCAAAUCAGUCAACAAGACAUCGAGCACUUCAAAGCCGAGAUGGACAAACGACAAAAAGAGUCAUCAUCAUCAGCAACAGCAACAGCAUUAGCAACAUCAGCAACAACAAGCAGCGAGACAAAAGAAGAAGCGACAACAAAUAGCUGAAUAAGCAACAACGUUCAAAAUUAGUAGAAACAGUUUAGAAAACUUACAUUAUAAGGCAGACGCAAUAAUAAUUUGCGAUUCUUGUGAUUUGAAACUAAAUCAUUGGAAUUCAAUUUUUAUUGCAUAGUCGAUAGUUGAAUUAAAUUUAUAGGAAAAAAAUGGAAAAAACACACUCGGUACAAGAGAGAAACGACUUUUUGUGAGAAGACGACUUGUAGGAGGUAGGUGGUAAUAAUUUAAUGUUUU